CUUAGCAGUCUUUUAGUCUGUCAUGACGCAGAGGAAGUGGCGUGUGUUCCCUGGUAACAACCGGUUCUAUUGCAACGGGCUCCUCAUGAGCUCCACUCAGGUUGCUGUGUUCCUCUUUGUCAUAGUUGCUGUGAUCGUCACUGCUUGUCUCUUCUUCGCCUUUGACUGUCGGUUCCUAAUACAAUAUGUACACCCAGGGACCAUCCCACUAGCACUGAUUGGAUUAUUGGGAGCAUUCUAUGUUCUCAUGUUCCUCCUCAAGGCUGGUUGUACUGAUCCUGGCUUUAUACCACGAGCUAGACAAGACGAAGCCCAUUAUAAUCAAGGACUAGGAGAACCUGAUCCCAAUACAACCAGUACUGGCUAUGUGGGAGGGACUCCGUCCAAAUACAGGACGGUAGAAAUCCACGGGCAGCAAAUUAAACUCAAAUACUGCGUGACAUGUAACAUGUUCAGACCCCCACGUGCUUCUCACUGUGGGCUCUGUAAUAAUUGUGUAGAAAUUUUUGAUCAUCAUUGUCCUGCUGUUGGGAAUUGCGUUGCAAAGAGAAAUUAUCGUUAUUUUUAUUUGUUCCUCGUCUCCAUGUGUAUAAUGGGUCUAUAUGUUAUGAGUAUUAAUAUAACUGUCAUGGUCUUAGCUUCUAGAAUGGUUGGAUUUGUCAAUGCUUUAAAGACAUACCCAGCAACUGUUAUAGAGUUUUUCAUUAGUGGAUUUGCAGUUAUUGCAGUGUUUGGGUUAGCUUGCUAUCACACACAACUUAUUGCUACCAUGAAAACCACCAAUGAAGAGAUUAAGAACACAUUUAGAACUUCACAGAAUCCUUACCGUCAGCACAAUGUCUUAAAGAACUUCUGUAUUACCAUCUGCGGCCCGUUUCCACCGAGCCUUAUAGAUAGAAGAGGUUUUGUUAAAGAUGAAGAGCAUCAUGGCGUUGACUAUGGGGCGACAAAUCCUAUAAUGAUGGAUCCAGAGCAAAGGUCAAUGCAAGACACUGCUGAUACAAGUAGUCAGUUACCACUAACAACAUCCACGGACAAUAACUGAUUAUUAUUAUUAUUGCUGUUGUUUUUGUUGUUGUUGUAUGUUCGACUACUGCUAUGGGCAUUCAUUUUAGUACUCAUAUUAUGUUUUAACUUUUAAUACUACACAAUAUCCAUUGCUAGGGAA